GCUCCGCGGCGCCUUUCCAUCAACUUCUCGACACACACGGUUGGUGUGUGGAGCUGGGCCAUCGCUUUCUGUCUGCCGCGCGAGGGCAGCACGCCAACGAGUGCUUGGGACAACGCGAAUUCGCUGGCCCUUCGACGCGGUAGCUGUGCGGUAGCUGUACACAGAAGACACACAAGCCACCAUGGGCGCCACCAAGGCGCGCACCCCGCCGCCGCCGAAGCGCAAGGGCAGCACGAGCCCCAUGCUCACGAACUUGCUGAACGCCCUCAGCCCCACGAAAGAGGACAAGAUCUUCACGGGCGUCCUCGAGAAGCGGAGUCGGGACGGCACGUGGAAGCCCAAGGCUUUCUAUGUCCAUGGUACGGUGCUGUGCUACUACCUGGAAGGCCAGGACGGCGUCGAGGACGGCCCCCACGCCUCCCUCAACCUUCUGUCGGUGGAGAGCAUCGAAACGAAGGUCGGCAAAGAUGGCCAAAAAAAAAUAAAGCUCUGGGUCUCACAGUCGCCGUCGCGGCGACGGCCCGUCGAGCUGCGGGCCGCGCCGAAAAAGUCGUUCUUCGGCCCGGACCAGCCGCCCCUGGAGAAGUGGGAGACGGCGUUCCGCGCGUUCGUCGAUCGGGCGCGGGAGAACGGGGCUCGUCAGCGUUGGCUCGCGAAGCAAAACCCUUCCAGGAUGAGGAGGGCUAGGAAGUCGCUAUCUCGGACCUUCUUCGGGCCCUCCGACGCCGCGAAAAAACGGGAGGCCGAGUGCUUGCGAGCGCGCGAGGACAUCUUCGCGUUCUACAGAAAACACAACCCCGAGAAACUGAAGGGCUGCAACGACAUCAUCACGAAGUACAAGGCCGCCGGCGUCGACGAGCCCGCCUUGUUGGAAGCGAUCCGGAAGAAGUACGGCCGGCCGCCGCUCGCCGCGAUCCAAUCGGGGGGAGGAGCUCAAUAAUUAGUC